AAAAGGAGAAAACAAUAAAAUUUGUUCCUUUAUUGUUGAUUGCUUUCCUUGAAAGAUUCUGUCGAAUUUCUUUUUGAAUUUUUCGUCGAUAUAAAGUUGCGGUAAGCAUGGAAGCAAGUGCUUGUCCCGACGAGUACGAGCAUACGAUACCUGGUGUCAUGUAUAUAGUAAAUAAUAUACCAGGUUCUGGAAUAGAUAUAGAAGAUUUCGAAUCCGUGUACUCGGUAGGUUGUUCGUGUACGAGCCACUGUACCGAUUGUUCAUGUACACGUGGCUCUCCUAAUUAUAUCAACGGUGUAUUAGCGGAAAAACUAUCAGGGCCAAUAGUCGAAUGCAACUGUUACUGCAGUUGCAAAAAAGAUUGCGGUAACCGAGUAGUACAGAAUGGUCCAUUGAAUAGCUUAAAAGUAUCGAAAAUCGGUGAGAAAGGUUUUGGUCUUUUCACCAGCAAGUUGAUCAGGAAAGGUCAAUUUAUUUGUGAAUAUGCCGGUGAAGUGAUAGGUAUCGAAGAAGCUCGACACAGAGUCGAAGCGAAUAAAAAUAGUAUGAAUUAUGUUCUCGUGGUCUCUGAGCAUAUCGGAGAUCAGACUAUCGUAACAUGCAUAGAUCCUAAGUAUUUCGGAAACAUUGGACGUUACGCUAAUCACAGUUGCGAACCGAAUGCUAAUCUCGUACCUAUAAGAGUAGAAGGAACGACACCUCGGUUAUGUUUAUUCGCGUCUAGAGAUAUACAAGUUGGCGAGGAAAUAACUUUUAGCUAUGCUGACGGAAUUGCCGAUUCCGCCCGUACUUUUAGUAAAACGCGCUGCCUUUGCGGUUCCAGCAACUGUGUUGGCUACCUGCCUCACAACACUAUUUAAAAAUAUUAAGAUUCGGUACGUUUCGUGUUCCAUUAAGUUAAGCACGUUCAAUGGAGUAACUGGGUAAAGAUCGGGGUGAGCUUGCCCUCUUAAAAAUGUUAAUUAAAAAUUCUCGAAUGAGGACAUUUCUGAAAGUCAUCUGGUCACACGUUUGGACGAGACGUUGACAAUAUCUGUAAAGCUUACCCCAAACGAAAGACCUAGCUACACCAAUGAGUACAUUACAAAGUGUUCCUGAAAUUCUGAUCAAUUGACCCAGAACUUAUUUACCUUUGAAAUAAUUUGUAAACGCGAAUAUUGUACUUGUUUAAGAAGGGUGGUACUCGAAGUAAACGAAUUGUUAGGUCGUAGAGAAAUACGAAUCUUCUGUACUAUUGUAAUGAAUGCAGGGUAAAAUUAUCGAAAUCGGAAAAAUAUAUCAAAUACUCUGUAACCGAUGUAAUUCCAUAAUAACACAAUAUUAUUAUCGAAAUCUCGAUUUAAUACCUAACGUUAUAUACAUAUUAAACAUUUUUGUAACAGUCGACAAUGCGUUAAUUACAUACUGUAUAAUAAUGCAAUAUAUACAUAUUUAUACGGGAUAUACGUAUUCGGCCAUAACUUAACAGAUAAUUAUUAAACGUAGAAUAUUGUAUCAUGUAUUUACUGUCAUUUAAGAUGUUCAAACUUUUAAAUAGCGAUUGGAAAAUAUAUUUGUUUU